UCGGAUCGGAAGGUUCCGCCCCUUAUUUCUUUGGAGAAGACGGCCGGCCAUUUUAAGAUUAUCAGUCGUCAUUUCACGUCGCUACAGUAGGACGGAGAACGUCAGGAUUCAAUUUCAGCAUAUUCCUCUUACAACUGUUGUGGAGAGUUGCCUACUAUGAACUGAGUCUCUUCCUACAACAAAACAAGUAGAUCCUAGUGAAGUGACGCAUAAGCCAGUAGAUUCUCGUGUCGAGUUGUAAUUUUUUGCACCUCAAUGUAGCUAGAGGAAAUGGCUGUGGAAAGCAUGACUGUCCAUCCAAACUCCCCAACUACCUACCACGAACACAACAGUCUCCUGACUGACGAAAGACCAGAAGAUGGAGAGCUGGAGGAGGGGGAGCUGGAGGAUGACGGGGGAGACGCUGAGGAGGAGGUAGGAGGAGGUGCGUCUACGGCAGCUGGAGAUGGCGGCGAGGACGGAGGAGGAGCCGCUGAGGCGGGAGGCGAGGGGACGGCGGAGCGGACGCGGCGGAGCAAAGAAAGACACCCCAGCAGCGGCUCGGACGACGAGCGGUCGCACCGCCGUAAGAGGAAGCGGAAGAAGGAAAGAGAGCGGGAACGGGAGAAGAGGAGGGCCAAGAAGAAACGCAAAUCCAAACACAAACGUCACGCAUCAUCAGACGAUGACCACUCGGACUUCAGCGACGAAUCAGAUUACAGUCCUGCCGAGAAGAGGAAGUAUCGAGAGUACAGCCCGCCAUACCCGCCCCCCUCUCAUGGAGGAUACAGCGGCUCCAAGAAAGGCGGCUACGGGAAGAUGGAGAAACAGAGCUACGGCGGCUAUGAUGACUACGAGGACGACAACUACGAGGGAGAAGAAGACGAAGACAUGGGCGAGGAAGACUACGACGACUUCACCAAAGAGCUGAACCAGUACCGCAAGGCCAAGGAAGGCGGCGGACGCGGCAGUCGAGGAGGGAGGGGCCGAAUGAGGAGUCUGAGGGGCCGCGGAGCGUUGAGGGGAGGGAGGAGGGGCCGGGGAGGAGGCCGAGGACGAGGAGGCCGGAUGGGAGGAGGGAAGAUGGGCGGAGACGAUGAUGGAGACGGUUACCGAGACGACAUGGAGUACGGAGACGACGACUACGACAACAUGGGAGACGACGAUUACGACGACUACUGCAAAGACAUCGGUCACUACAAGAAGCCCAGAGGCAGAGGUGGGAAAGGCCCUCGUGGGCGGGGCCGAGGUAAAGGAGGGCGGGGUCUGAUCCGAGGAGGAAAAGGUCGCAACAGAGGCAGAGGGAGGGGAGAUAUGGGCCACGACGACGACAACGGAGACAUGGACAACGGGAACGACGGAGGUGACGGGCCAGGAGGUGGGAGGAGGAAUCAGAAUGACAAACAUCAGGACAAGAAAGGAAAAGCCAUCUGCAAGUACUACAUCGAGGGCAGAUGCACCUGGGGGGACCACUGCAACUUCAGCCACGACGUGGAGCUGCCCAAGAAGAAGGAGCUGUGCAAGUUCUACAUCACGGGCUUCUGCGCCCGGGCCGACCACUGUCCCUACAUGCACGGCGAGUUCCCCUGUAAGCUGUUCCACACCACCGGCAACUGUGUGAACGGAGACGAGUGCAUGUUCUCCCACGAGGCGCUCAACGACGACACCCAGGAGCUGCUGGACAAGAUGCUGGCGGAGGACGCCGAGGCCGGAGCCGAAGACGAGAAGGAGGUGGAGGAGCUGAAGAAGCAGGGCAUCAACCCCCUCCCUAAGCCCCCCCCUGGAGUCGGCCUCCUCCCGACGCCUCCUCGACCCAUUCCCAUGGACACCGGCCCCGGGAUGGGGGACUACGUGGGGCCCGGCGACUUUGGCUGUCAUCCUGGACCUAACCAGGUUCCCAUGGUGACCAAAGGUCCCCCGAUCUCUGUGCCCCCUCCCAUCCCAAACCCCAGUGCCGGGCCGCCCAUUCCAUGUCCCGAUGGCGGCCCAUUCCAGGGGGGGCCGCCCCCAAACCCUGCUGGGCCCCCUCCCCACAUGGGUCCCCCUCCCCCGGGUGGGGGGGAGAGCUGCGGGGGGAAGAAGAUUCCUUCGCUGUUCGACAUCAAAGUCCAGCCGACGGGUCAGCUGGCCCAGAAACUCGCCGUCAGAAGCCAGUCUCCCAGUGGCGCUCAGGCCCCAACCGCACCAGCUGGACCCCAGGGGGCUCCUGGUGCCGCCCCCAACCGCUUCCCUGCUCCUGCAGGCAUGAUGUCUCCUGACGUACAGAACCAAGGCCCCCCCAGCAUGGGGCCAGGUCCUCCACGCGGGGGCGCGGCGCCUCCGGGCCCCCACCAGGGAGGGGGGAACUUCUACAACAACUUCUACAACGAGGGCAUGAAGAUGGAAGGAGCGGGGCAAGAAGGAGAAAACUUCCAGAGUUUUACCGACGACGCGGGAACGUGCGGGCCCAGCGGCCAAGACGCCUCCGCCAACGGCGCCUCGGCCGGCCCGGGAGGCAUCUCCGUGCCGGACUUCCUGCCUCCCACGCAGCGCGUCCUGUUCAUGAGGAUCCAGCAGAAGCAGCAGGAGGAGGAGCGGGCCCGCAGGAUGGCGGAGGGCGGGGCCGAGAGGAGCAAAGACCUGGAAGGCGAUUCGGGGAACUGGUACUCCAGCGAGGAUGAGGACGGCGGCGGCAGCGUCACCUCCAUCCUGAAGACUCUGCGUCAGCAGACCCAAGCGCCUCAGAAACCCGAAGUCGCUCCGAGCGACCCGCGUUUCCAGAAGGCUCCGCCUCCCAACCCCCCGUCCCGCCCCGCAGACCCCCGCUUAGCUCGAGACCCGCGGCUGGCGCGCGCCGUGGAUGCAUCGCCGCUACCCUCCCUGUCCACCUCCGGCCCGCCCGCCGACCCCCG